CGAAUAAGUUGUAUGCAUGGAAAUGCCUUGAAAUCUCGAGUGCCGCAUGGUUUCUACUUGCGCAAAAAAUGAAUACCGCAUCCAUCGUCCGGUCGCUCGCGGAGCAGUCGGAGCAACUCUCCCGGGACUUGGACAGCUUUUCUGACCGCGCCUUCGAACUACAACGCUUGGCAAAGGUCCUGCAGGAACGGUCGGGGCGUAAAUACGUUGACCAAGCUGUUCAAGUGGAAACGACUGCUGUGGGAGCGCCUGCGUACCAUCUCGACCGCGCCAAGCGCCUAGCGCCCUUCUCCUUCUCGCCCUUUGAUCGAAAAGUCAACUGGCGUAAGCUUCGUGCAUUAAACGUUGAUCGAGUGGUCCGUGAAACCGACACGCGCACCCUACUUGAGAUGUACGGCGAGAUGGCGUACGCGGACUUGGAGAAAGAGAGCGUGUACGACUUGACCGAGUCAAACCUUCUCAAGAUGGUCCGCAUCAUGCAGCUGUUGCUGCAGCAUCAGCAGUUCCAGUUGGACCAGGGACUGGGUGUGCAGCAGCAGCUGCGUGAGGAGCAGGUGUCCACACUGGGGGUGCUCCAGAUGAUACCCCACCUGGACAUCAAGGGCGUUGGCGAGGGCCUCACCAAGCUGCAAGGCGAGUUCUACCAGGUAGCGGAUGCGGACAUGGAGGCCAUGUUUGCGCAGGUCCGUACGGAGGAGCGUACGGGAGCGCGGGACACACUGGCAAAUAACGUGGACCAGGCAAAGCAGGUAAAGAAAGCGGCCAUCUAUGUCAGACGAUGA